AUGUGGUGGACAGCAGCUCACUUCCUCCUCCAGGCCUCGGCUUCCUCAUCUGUGAAGUGGGGAGAUGACAGCCCUCCUCACCUCGGGCAGGGACGCUGUGAGGACAGAAGGGGAGGGGCACACACGGAGGCCCCAGAGGCCAGCCCUUGCUGGCAUUACCACUCUGGGCCCUCACACUGGGUAGGAGAGCUCUCAGAACGGUAUGGGCCGGUGUUCACCAUCCACUUGGGGGGCCAGAAGAUGGUGGUGCUGAGCGGCUACGAGGCAGUGAGGGAGGCUCUGGUGGAAACAGGGCAGGAGCUGGCCGGCCGGCCCCCUAUUGCCAUCUUUCAGCUCAUCCAGGGAGGCGGAGGUAUCUUCUUCUCCUCCGGGGCACGAUGGAAGGCCGCCCGCCAGUUCACGGUGCGCACCCUGCACAGCCUGGGCGUGGGGAGGGGUCCUGUGACCGAAAAGGUCCUGCAGGAGCUGAGGUGCCUCGUGGGGCAGCUAGACCACUAUGGAGGCCGGCCCUUCCCCCUGGCCCUGCUCGGCUGGGCUCCCUCCAAUGUCACCUUCGCGCUCCUCUUUGGCCAGCGGUUUGACUACCGGGACCCUGUGUUCGUGUCCCUGCUGGGCCUCAUCAAUGAGGUCAUGGUUCUCUUGGGGACCCCUGGCCUGCAGCUGUUCAACAUCUACCCCCGGCUCGGGGCCCUCCUCCGGCUGCACCGGCCCGUCCUGCGGAAGAUCGAGGAGGUGCGAGCCAUCCUGACGACGCUCCUGGAGGCGCGGCGGCCACCCGCGCCCGGCGGAGGCCCCGUGCACAGCUACGUGGAUGCCCUGAUCCGGCAGGGCCAGGGCGGAGACCCGGAUGGCCUGUUUGCCCAGACCAAUGUGGUGGCCUGCGUCCUGGACAUGGUCAUGGCCGGCACGGAGACCACCUCGGCCACGCUGCAGUGGGCCGCCCUCCUGAUGGGCAAGCACCCGAGUGUGCAGGGCCGGGUGCAGGAAGAGCUGGACCGGGUGUUGGGGCCCAGGCGGCCGCCCCGGCCGGAGGACCAGCGGUCAUUGCCCUACACCAACGCCGUGCUGCACGAGGUGCAGAGGUUCAUCACUCUCCUGCCCCACGUGCCCCGCUGCACAGUGGCCGACACCCAGCUGCACGGCUACCUGCUCCCCAAGGGCACACCCGUGGUCCCCCUGCUGAGUUCUGUGCUCCUGGACAAGACGCAGUGGGAGACCCCCCGCCAGUUCAACCCUGGCCACUUCCUGGACGCCAGCGGGUGCUUUGUGAAGCGGGCCGCCUUCCUGCCUUUCUCUGCAGGCCGCCGCGUCUGCGUGGGGGAGAGCUUGGCCAGGACGGAGCUGUUCGUGCUGUUCGCUGGCCUCCUCCAGAGGUUCCGUCUGCUGCCCCCGCUGGGCCUCAGCCCUGCCGGCCUGGACACCACGCCCACCCCAGCCUUCACCAUGCGGCCACCGGCCCAGGCGCUGUGUGCAGUGCCCAGGCCCCAGGGGCGCUGACCAAGGGGCGUCUGGCCUGUGCUGGGUCACGCUCCCGCCUCCCCAGCUCCAAGCCUGGCAGAGCUGUGACAUCGGAGGCAGACAGCAGCCAGAGGACAGACAGACGGGCAACAGACAGAUGUCACAGGGCUCUCCUUCCCUGGCAGCCUCAGUUCCACUGUGGGCCUGAGCAGCCCCAUCCAAGGGGGCUGGAAACGAGCCUCGUGGGGGCCCCUGGGGGCACACCGUCUUCCAGGCCCCACACCUGAGCACUAGGCCCUUCCCUGCCAACCCC